UGACAUACCCUGAAGUUGGCCGUGGCUUCUCCCCCGCCUUUUUUCUUUCUACCUUUGCCUUUGUUUCACCUAGAUUAAAAGCUAUAUCAAGAUCCCUACAUCCUUUGUUACGAUCCUUAACCCCAACGACACUUAAAAAAAAAUCCAUCAUGUCCGCAGCAGUCACCACCUCCUCAACCAAUGCUCCCGGCGUUCCAGGAAUGUCAAAUCCCGCAACACAACUCACUAUGGAACAACAACAAAUUGCUGCCCAAGCUCAAUUUGGUGUUGGUGUUCCUCCUGCAGCCCCUCAAGCCUCUGCCUCGCUUUACGUCGGUGAGCUGGAUCCCUCCGUCACUGAGGCUAUGCUUUUUGAAAUGUUUAGUACGGUCGGUCCAGUCGCAAGUAUUCGUGUGUGUAGAGAUGCCGUUACCAGAAGAUCUCUUGGAUAUGCAUACGUCAAUUUCCACAAUGUCCUCGAUG